AUGACAAGGGGGAGCGCAGCGGAGGGCCUGCAGGGAGCAGCGCAGCAGUCGCUCGCGCAUCGGGGGGACGUACGUCAUGCCUCUGGGCGGGGCCAGUGCAUGCUCUUGAGGGGGCACAACCAGGCGCACCCGCCUCUGUCAGUCCUCGUAGCCCAGGAUGUGCUGCUUGACCAGGGCCGAAAACCCGAAGGCCUUGAAGCGGUCCUGCCCCGUCAGCGCGCGCAGCGUGGCGUCGGACACCACAAACUGCUUGUUGGCGGGGUCCUGCAGGCCGUGCUCCUUCACGUAGGCCCACAUGUGCUUGGCGAUGGCCGGGCGCGAGGCGGUGCCGGCGCCCACCCAGGCCGCCAUGGCGGGGGACAGGCGCAGGGGCUUGGUGAAGCCGUUGACCCGCUUCUCGCCCGGCGUCGCCGCGCGGCCUGGAUCGGACCGCGCCCUGACGCGCCGCGGCGUUGCCUUCGACGAGCCCGCUCCUGCGUCGUCGUCGUCGUCGUCGUCGGAGGCCUCCACCCCGGGCGCGUCCUCUACGAAGCAGUGCCGGCUGAGGUGCUUGUUCAUCUUGAACAUGUCCGUCGACUUGCCGGGGAAGAUGGUGGACAGCGCGUCGUCCAGCAGGAUGCGGCGCCGGUCCUUGGGGUCCUGCAGGUCGUGCUCCUUGAUGUAGGCCCACAGCCGCUUCACCACCUGCGGCCGGGGCAGGCUGGUCUCGCCCAGGAAGGCCUGCAUUGCUGGGGAAAGCGCGCAGCCCAGCCCCGCGCCGGAGUUGCGGGGCCUCUUACUCCUGGCAGGAAAGCGCCAGGGGUAGGGGGGAAGGGGGGUGAUCAUGGGUCUGAGAGAUAG